AUUAUAUAUCGGCGGUGGUGGAUAUUGAGUUAUUGACCUUCAUUCUCAUAGAAAGAGUCUCGCCUAGCCACUACUCCUACUUCAUAUCAUAUCAUUCACAUUCAUCUCUCUUCUUCCAUCCAUCAUCGAAGUAAUAACAACAUUCGCGCGCUCUUCGUAUUUUCCUUCUUCAAUCCGCGCGACACCAAAACCCUAGAUCCGGCGCAAUCAUCGGGAGAGAGAAAGUUUUUGACUUUGAGACAAUAUUGCUAGAGAGAGGACCGGUGGUGGGCUUGGCAAGAAAUGGAUCCUGGUCGCUAUGCUCUGCAUCAAGGCUGGGAUAAUAACAGCGCUCUUGAGGGAUACAGCACCGUCCAUGACCCCAACUUCCGGGUUGGCGGUUCCUAUGAUGAGAGAAGGUUUAUAGAUGAAAGAUAUCCAAGGGAUGCCGUUUACCAGAGAAAUAAUUUCCCCCGUGACAUUUUGGAUAGGGAGGCUUAUCUGCCGCCAGGACCUCCUGUUGGCCACUGGAGUCAAACCAAACGGAGAGGUUAUGAUGAAGAUUAUCCACUUGACAGGGAAUCUAGACGUUUUCAGAGGCCCUAUCAUGAAUCAUAUGAUCAGAUUGAUGGUUUCAGGGAUCGUGAGAUUGACACCUAUCCAGAAUAUGAAAGGUUUCGGGAUGGCUAUACUGGCAUUGAAAACUAUGGUGAUCGAGGAUAUGAUAAACCUGCCAGGUUUGUAGGACAUGACCGUGAUGAUUAUGCAUAUGAUGAUGAUUAUGACUACAAGUCCCGAGCAUCCUCUCAUCAUCGUAGGGAGGAUAGCCAUGAGAGGGAUCAUGAUCAUGGUCGACAUAGUUAUGAUUCUGAUUAUGAAAGAAGUAGUAGAAGAGAUAGUAAUUGGAGGCGACGCAAAUCACGUGAUCGGGAACGAGUUAAGAGUGGUCAUAGUCGGGAAAGAGAUCUGAGUCCGCAUAGGAGACAUGAGCGUUCUCAUUCACAUUCACAUUCUCGUUCUCGAUCUUGUUCACGUUCUCGAUCCCCGUCUCAUUCCCAUUCCCGGUCUCAAUCUCGUGGAUAUGAUGACCAUCCAAGAUCUAGGUCCCCCCGAGGUCGAAGCCAUGGUCGAAGUUAUAGGGAAGAUAGCUAUACUGACAGUCGAUAUGACAAAAGUGAAAGACGUAGGGAUCGUGAUGAUAAACGUCUGUGGGAGCAUUAUUCUGUGGCCCCAUCUGCAACUGUUGUUGUGAAAGGUCUUUCACAGAAGACAACUGAAGAAGAUCUAUACCAAAUCCUUGCUGAAUGUGGUCCCCUCCGUCAUGUUCGUGUUAUAAAGGAGAGAAAUUCUGGUGUCUCUCGUGGAUUUGCAUUCAUUGAUUUUCCUUCUGUGGGAGCUGCCCAAGGAAUGAUGGACAAACUAGGAGAUGAUGGUCUUGUUGUGGAUGGCAGAAAACUUUUCUUUGAAUAUAGUAGUAAGCCAACAGGAGGUCCUGGUCCAGAUGGAGCUAUGAAAUCAGGUCAUAAUUAUAAGAGCAUGAUGGUUCCAUCCGAUUGGAUGUGCACUAUAUGUGGCUACAUAAAUUUUGCACGCCGGACUUCCUGCUAUCAGUGUAAUGAGCCACGAACUGAUGAUGCCCCUGCAGCAGAUAUUUCAUUGUCUAAUUCAGCAGCUAUAGGAAAGAAAGGUUCAGAAGCAGGUCCAACUCAUGUGUUGGUUGUCCGUGGAUUGGAUGAAAAUGCGGAUGAGGAAAUGCUCCGCUAUGAGUUUUCCAAACAUGCUCCGAUUAAGGAUCUGCGUCUUGUGAGAGACAAGUUUACUCAUGUCUCAAGGGGAUUUGCAUUUGUACACUUUUAUUCGGUGGAGGAUGCUACCAAAGCUCUUGAGGCAACGAAUGGAACUAUGCUUGAAAAGAAUGGGCAGAUUCUAAGAGUGGCGUAUGCAAAAAGUAUCCUGGGCCCUGGAUCAGGAACAUCAGGAACUUCCCAAUCAAGCAGUCUUGCAGCUGCUGCUAUCGAGGCUGCGACAUUUGCCCAACAGUAUGAUUCUGUGGGAUGGGCUCCAAAAGAAUACAACCCAGAUGCCAAACAAUCUACUGGUCCAGAGCAAACUGGUGCAGAAGUUGGUGCUCCACAAUCAGGCUUUGUUUGGGAUGAAGCAUCGGGUUAUUACUAUGAUGCUGCUUCUGGGUUUUACUAUGAUGGAAAUACUGGUCUUUACUAUGAUGGUAAUAAUGGGAUUUGGUAUUCAUAUGACCACCAAACUCAGCAGUACAUACCUUGCACUGAUCAAAAUCAGAAUAAAGCAUCUAAUGAGUCUGAACCUUCUAAGGUAUCUGAUGGUUCUGGAAGUAAAAAGGUCAUUUCUGCACCAGCUACUGCUGUUGCACCGGUUGAGAAGCCAGCUUCAUUGGCAGAUGCUGUCCAGGCUGCAGCAACUGCUGCUUUAGCUGCAGAGAAGAAAGAGAAAGAAAAAUCAAAGGAAAUAAAACUUGCCUCAAAAAGCAGUAUACUGGCAAACAAGAAAAAAAUGAACAAUGUGUUGACAAUGUGGAAACAAAGGAGCCAUGAGGGGCAGGCUACUCGAGUGGCUCUGGAAGACAAUCAGCCUUCUGUUUCAGCUGAUGAUAGGUCAUAUUCUUCUGGACAUUAUGCAAAGAAUAAGUUAAAAAAUGAGACUAUGGUAAGGGAAAGUAAUGCUUCUAAUCCAGGAAGUCACACAACUCUUGCCCAGAGUGCUGCUAUUGAUUCUCAGGCACAGCCACAGCCUGUUAGUAAUAGCCUUGGAGGCACUGUGAUGGGGGUUAUAAGGGGCUCAGGAAGAGGGGUUGUUAAAGCAGAUACUUAUUCAGGUUCUACAUCUGUUGCAUCAUCUAUGCCAAGUUUAUCUACAGCAAAUGUUGAUGCACAGACAGUUGCUACUCCCUUUAGAACAGAUGUAUCUGCCCUGGGUUCAUAUACACAAUCUGUGAUUGUUGGAAGUGGUCGAAGAAGGUUUUCAGAAAUGCCUCAUUCUGCUUCAACUCACAAGGAACAACCUCAAACAACUUACCGGGACCGUGCAGCUGAGAGGAGGAGUUUAUAUGGCUCAUCAUCUUCAGUUGGAAAUGAUUUAGCUGACCUUGAAAUUGGCGAUUCAAAUCGAGAUUUUGCAUCAAGGAAGGGUGAUCCCAUGCCAUUCCCUCCUGGGGUUGGUGGAGGACGCAUAGUUGGAGAUGCCAACCUUGAUACUUUUGAGGUGAUUACGGCAGACAAAGCAAUUGAUGAAAACAAUGUUGGUAAUCGGAUGCUUCGCAACAUGGGCUGGCAAGAAGGAUUGGGACUAGGAAAGGAUGGGAGUGGAAUGAUAGAGCCUGUCCUGGCACAAGCCACCGAAAAUAGGGCAGGACUUGGGAGUCAACAGAAGAAGUUGGAUCCUAGCCUUGAGGUGCAAGCAGGGGACAGUUACAAGAUGCUUAUUCAUAAAAAAGCACUUGCCAGGUUUCGGGAGAUGUCAGAGAGUUAAGAUUUCAGCACAGCAUAUAGGAUUUGAUUUAGCUUCGAUAAUUAUUAUUUAGAUGUUAUAUAAAUAUUCUUAUUGUAAACACUAGUUUGCCAGAACAAUUUUGAAAUUUAGUCAACAUGUCAAAUUCUGCCCAAAUUAAGCACGAUCUCUGCUUUGGUUGAACUCUGACGAGUGUUUUGGAAUGCCAUUCAAUUUUUGUUUUGCCUUUA